AAGAUCAUGUUCAUGACACAUUUCUUCUUCACUCUCUUCAUGUUCUAGGUGCUGGGAUUAACUGGAAAAAAAAACAUUGUUAAAGAAGAAAAAACAAGAAAAUGACGCUGAUCUGGAGUGUUUUUGGUGUCUUCUUGGUCCUGUUUCAUGGUGUUGAAGCUGUUGAAGAGAAGGAGGUACAGGAGAAUGCAGAUGUGACCCUCAAAUGUGAUUCUCAAGGGGCAUCGGUCUAUUGGCUUCGGAUGAAAGAAAAUAAGCAGGACUUUGAGUACAUGGCAACAUACACCUCGAGUAAGAAAUUCAGAUCAAGUGACAAAAAUAAAUUCAAAAUGACUGAGCAAACUUUGAAAGUAAUCGGGUUUAAGCAGCAGGAAGACAGUGGCACUUACAGCUGCAUUUUCAUCAACGACAAUGAGCUGCGUUUCAGCGGCACCACCAAACUGCGUGGAGUGAAAGUGCCAACAACAACAAUCAAACCGAAGGUACAAACAACCCGCCUCCCGACAGUGGCUGUGAUGACAACCACUGCAUGCAGACAGAAUCCCAAUGGAGGGAAAAAGGCUGCAGAUAAAUCACUCGCUGUGCUUUUGGGUUGUGAGCUGCACAUCUUCAUUUCUUUGGCUGCUUCCUGUGGACUUCUCCUCCUGUUCCUACUCGCCACCAUUCUGUACUGCAAUCAUAUAAGGACAAGACGAUGCCCUCACCAUUACAAAAGACAACCCCGAAGCAGACCAGCGGGCCACAAAACUCUACCCAAUCCUAUGGACUAUUAGACACAUCUCAGGGUUUUUUUUUUUUUUUUUACAUUUUAUACUUUUCUAAUCAUUCUCAUUUUGUGAGUGGUUCUCGGAUUCUCCGAAAAUUAUUUCUGUAGUAUUCCUUGAAACGCUUAAAGCUAGACGGCCUUUCGAUUUCAUAAAAUUGGUGAAAUUUAGUUCCCUCUGAAAUGUGGUCAUUGUGAUAGAUGUUUAUUUCUGUAAUAUCUCACAAAAUAUCAGGCCAUUCUGUUCUGUGGCUGGGAAGUUAUUUCAUUUGAGGGGAUUAAAGCAAAUAACGUGCAUGAAAUCGCUCGCUUCGCGCAGUCAAGCAGACAGAGGAAGUCCGUGUGUGUGUGUGCGCAUGCGUAGGUUCACCUUUGAGCAUGCACUGACAGUUCCAUCAUUCUGUCGCUAAACGAACAGCUGAUCACACCGAGGUUAGUCAUGAAAGUGUUCCGGAAUUCCAGGUUUUUAGAUAUUCCGCCGGAUUUUUUCUGCUAAUGACCCGGAAAUCCGGAUAUUUGACAAAACUCUUGAAAAUCUCCAGUUUUCCGAAUCUCAUCUCAUCUCAUUAUCUGUAGCCGCUUUAUCCUUCUACAGGGUCGCAGGCAAGCUGGAGUCUAUCCCAGCUGACUACGGGCGAAAGGCGGGGUACACCCUGGACAAGUCGCCAGGUCAUCACAGGGCUGACACAUAGACACAGACAACCAUUCACACUCACAUUCACACCUAUGGUCAAUUUAGAGUCACCAGUUAACCUAACCUGCAUGUCUUUGGACUGUGGGGGAAACCGGAGCACACGGAGGAAACCCAC